AUGGGAAUUAAAUUUUUAGAGGUAAUCAAGCCAUUCUGUGCUGUACUACCAGAAAUCCAAAAACCAGAAAGAAAGAUUCAAUUUAGAGAAAAGGUGCUAUGGACAGCCAUCACGCUAUUCAUUUUUUUGGUGUGCUGCCAGAUUCCACUUUUUGGCAUCAUGUCAUCGGACUCUGCUGAUCCCUUCUACUGGAUGAGAGUCAUUCUGGCUUCCAACAGAGGUACGCUGAUGGAGCUGGGUAUUUCACCCAUUGUCACAUCAGGCCUCAUCAUGCAGCUUUUGGCUGGGGCAAAGAUUAUUGAAGUUGGCGACACUCCUAAAGACAGAGCACUGUUCAAUGGAGCACAGAAAUUGUUUGGUAUGAUCAUUACUAUUGGACAAGCUAUUGUGUAUGUGAUGACUGGCAUGUAUGGAGAUCCUUCUGAGAUGGGAGCUGGGAUUUGCCUAUUGAUUAUUAUCCAGCUUUUUGUCGCUGGUCUGAUCGUGCUGCUCCUGGAUGAGCUGCUGCAGAAAGGUUAUGGUCUCGGCUCUGGGAUUUCUCUCUUCAUCGCAACCAACAUCUGUGAAACUAUUGUGUGGAAAGCUUUUAGCCCUACAACCGUCAACACUGGCAGAGGCACUGAGUUUGAGGGCGCCAUCAUUGCCUUGUUUCAUUUGCUGGCUACACGUACUGAUAAAGUGCGUGCUCUGAGAGAAGCCUUCUACAGACAAAACCUGCCCAACCUCAUGAACCUCAUCGCAACUGUCUUUGUCUUUGCAGUAGUCAUAUACUUCCAGGGCUUCAGAGUUGACUUGCCCAUCAAGUCUGCUCGCUAUCGUGGCCAAUACAACACCUACCCUAUCAAACUUUUUUACACUUCCAACAUUCCCAUCAUUCUGCAGUCCGCUCUGGUCUCAAAUUUGUAUGUUAUUUCUCAAAUGUUAUCGACACGAUUCAGUGGGAACUUCCUGGUCAACCUCCUGGGAACCUGGUCUGAUGCCACGAGUGGUGGACCAGCACGUGCUUACCCAGUAGGCGGUCUUUGCUACUACCUUUCUCCUCCGGAGUCCUUCGGUUCUGUUUUAGAUGACCCUGUUCAUGCUGUAAUCUACAUCGUUUUUAUGUUGGGCUCUUGUGCAUUUUUCUCCAAAACUUGGAUUGAAGUCUCAGGAUCCUCUGCCAAAGAUGUGGCAAAGCAGCUGAAGGAACAGCAGAUGGUUAUGAGAGGACACAGAGAAACCUCAAUGGUCCAUGAGCUAAACAGAUAUAUACCCACAGCGGCAGCCUUUGGUGGCCUCUGUAUAGGAGGAUUGUCUGUCAUGGCUGACUUUUUGGGUGCCAUUGGGAACCCAACAACCAUGUCGUACUGUAGAGCAGAAGGCAAAGAUCGCAUCAUUUUUGUGACCAAGGAAGAGCACGAGUUACCAAGCAAUGCUGAACUGGUUGCUGAUGACCCCAACGAUCCUUAUGAAGAACAAGGUCUGAUUCUACACAAUGGAGACAUCAACUGGAAUUGCCCCUGUCUGGGUGGAGGGCAAAGAAAGAAUGACAAAUGCACAGCUCAGCAAUCCCAGCAAGUGGAAACCUCUUACUUCUGCACUGGUGGAGACUUGCCCAAAGUUCAGCUGCCUUACCAAACUGUAGCUGGAAAAAUUCCACGGAAACUAGAGAUAGAGCGACGCCGGAGGGAAUACUCACAGUUAAAUUUUGAACAACUCCUGGACGUAAAUGGCAUUAACUCUGAAAGUAUAAUAAGUAGUAAUGACUGCGUCUUGUCUUGGUCACCUUACCUUCCACUGGAGAUAUUUGACAAUGAAGAAUUUGACUGUCGAAGCCCAGAAGACUGGCUUUCUCUGGGUAUCAGUGAAGAAUCAGGUGAUCGGAAGCCUAUUCCAGCCAAAGCGCUCCUGCCACUUAAGGCCAUUUCCUUUGGAACAACCCAGGAAUAUGACUGGCAUCUGGUUGGUGUUCUCGAUUACAACAAGGAGACAUCACUUUUGGAAGACUGUGUAAAGCGAGUGGAAGAGGAGAUCCAACUAGACUACAGCAGGACUAUGAAUCGCAUCACGUUUGAGAAAGUUGUGAUGAGUCAUAAGCCAAAGAAAAACACAUUUUUUCUUGUGAAACUGGUUUUGGACUCAAACGGGGUUUGUUAUAGCACUCCUCUUGAGAGCUUUCCAUCAUCACUCGUCAAGUUGUUUGACAAUGCAAUUCUGAGCACAAAUAAUGUACCACGAGUUGAAAAGUUUGUGAUGGAAAACCUCAUCUUUGCGCCAGUUAUUUUACUCGAAUCUGUGCAUUCGUGGGAACAAGAAGUAAAUGCUCAAAGAAAGAAGAUCCACAUGGCUCUUUCACAGGCGGCCCUUCCCUUGAGGGCCUAUGCAGCCAAGUUUGUCAAAUAUUUGGAUCUGCAUAACCAAGAUAUUCAGACACUGCUCAAAUCUAGUUCACAGACAGAGCUGACAUCUCAGACGGUGUUAAAAGAGAUGUUGGUUGCUCAAUUUGAGACUUUUGGUGACAUGGACAACGCACACGACUUGGCCAAUAAGGUGAAACAUACAAGGCAGCAGCUGAAGGGAUGUCAGGCCAAGGCACAAACCUACAACAGCAGAGAGCGGCUGCUUGGGCUGACCUUAACAAACUACGAUCGUCUACAUCAUUUAGUGGAGGAAUUUCAGCCUUUUGAGGACCUGUGGACAACUACUUCCAACUGGUUUCGGUGGCAUGAGAGGUGGCUAAAUGACCCACUAUCGUCAAUUGACUGUGAACAGCUCGAGCGCAGUGUCACAGAAGCCAACAAGACCAUGCAUAAAUGUGUCAAAGUCUUUAAAGAUAAUCCAGGAUGUCAUAGGGUCGCAGCUAUUAUUCGGAGCAAAAUAGAAGAAUUCCGGCCUUACAUUCCUCUUAUUCAAGGACUAAACAACCCUGGAAUGAAGAGUCGCCACUGGGAGAAGCUUUCGAAGGAUAUUCACAUGAAGGUCCAAUUCCAAACCAAUCUAAACUUCUCACGCUGCCUCGAGAUUGGUUUGCAAAACUAUGUCCCUGAAAUCGAGCAAGUGGCUGAAGUGGCGGGAAAGGAAUAUGCCAUUGAACAGGCACUUGAUAAAAUUGCUAAUGAAUGGUCAACUGUUGUCUUUGAUGUGCUGCCAUAUAAGAACACAGGAACCUACAUUCUGAAAAGUCCAGAUGAAGCCUCACAAUUGCUUGACGACCACAUUGUUAUGAUUCAGAGCAUGUCAUUUUCACCGUACAAACAAUCUUUCGAAAGUCGCAUAGUCAACUGGGAGAGUAAACUGAAAAUGACUCAAGACGUUCUGGAGGAAUGGCUGACCUGCCAGCGUUCUUUGCUUUACCUUGAGCCCAUUUUUAGCUCCCCAGACAUCAACCAACAACUUCCAGCUGAAGCACACAAAUACCAGAAAAUCUCCACUGCAUUAUUAGAAGAAGUACAGAAAGGGCUCAUUGAAUACUUGGAAACAAAGCGACGUUCCUUUCCCAGAUUUUACUUCCUGUCGGACGAUGAGUUACUUGAAAUAUUAUCUCAGACCAAAGAUCCCACAGCUGUUCAGCCACAUUUACGCAAAUGUUUUGAGAACAUUGCACGGCUCAAAUUUCAACUGGACUUAAAAAUCACGAACAUGUACUCUGGAGAGGGGGAAGAAGUGAAGCUUUUCGUGUCGGUCCAGCCCUCUGGGGAUGUUGAGAACUGGCUCAGAAAUGUUGAGAGGUCAAUGAAGGCCACAGUGGUGAUUGCUGGCUGCCAGGUAUUUUGGACUGCAGAGGUAUCAGAAGCUAUUGAGAACGGAACCUUGGCUAGCCAUCUAUAUCCUCAACUUCAAACACAAUUGAGUAAUUUAGUCCAGCUUGUCCGAGGAGAUUUGUCCCGAAUGCAGAGGGCAGUUCUGUCUUCUCUUAUUGUCAUAGAAGUUCAUGCUAAGGAUGUUGCCGCUGAACUGGUUCAGCAAAACGUUUCAAGUAUUAAUGACUUUGAAUGGAUCAGCCAGCUUAGUGAAGCCAAAAUCCUAUCAAAAAAGAUUACAACUACGUUUAAGCUAUCCUCUGAACAACUUAGUUCACAGGAUCACUAUGACUUUGGUAUGAGGGCUGUAAAAACUGUGAUCUCAGCUGCAGGAAACCUCAAGAGAGAACAUCCUGAUAUGAAUGAAGAGUUAAUUUGUCUGCGGGCCAUUAAUGAUGUGAAUGUGCCAAAGUUUCUUCAAGAUGACUUGAAACUAUUCAAUGGGAUUGUAUCUGAUUUGUUCCCCAAGACAAAACAGGAGCCAAUCAAUUAUGGAACACUGGAGAAAUCCAUGCGGAGAGUUUGUGUUGAAAAGAACUUGAAAGAUGUGGACGGGUUUAUUCAUAAAUGUAUUCAGCUUUAUGAAACUACAGUAGUCAGACAUGGCCUCAUGCUUGUUGGGCCAUCGGGAUCAGGUAAAACCAGGUGUUAUGAGAUUCUGGGCGCUGCCUUAACAGCUUUAAAGGGCCAGCCUUCAGUGAGCGGUGGAGAGUAUGAGGCAGUUCAUACAUAUGUUCUCAAUCCAAAGUCCAUCACCAUGGGACAGCUUUAUGGGGAGUAUGACUUGCUCACACAAGAAUGGACAGAUGGAAUCCUUUCAGCUCUUGUUCGUGGAGGGGCGUCAUCCAUGGACAAGGAGAAAAAGUGGUACAUGUUUGAUGGUCCAGUGGAUGCUGUGUGGAUUGAGAACAUGAACACAGUACUGGAUGACAAUAAAAAACUCUGCCUCAGCUCAGGCGAAAUCAUAAAGCUCUCAGAUGUGAUGACCAUGAUGUUUGAGGUGCAAGACUUGGCCGUGGCUUCACCGGCGACAGUUUCCCGGUGUGGUAUGGUUUAUUUGGAGCCUAGUAUUCUUGGCCUCACUCCCUUUACCGAAUGUUGGCUGAAGCAGAUUCCUGAGGCAAUAAAACUACACACGGACCAGCUUACUUCCCUUUUCUCCCGGUUCCUCAAGCGGCUUGUGCUGGACUUCAUUAAGAGCCAGAUCCCUGACUCCAUCAGAUUUGUUCGUGAGCAAGUUAAAGAGGUUGUCACAUCUCUUGACAGCAACCUAACUUGUAGUCUUCUUAAACUUAUGGACUGCUUUUUUCAACCUUUCAACCCUAAAGAGAGUGCACGAUCACCACCUCAGCACAAAGUGGAGCGCCUAAAGAAAGUGAUUGAGCCUUGGUUUUUCUUCUCUCUGGUGUGGAGUGUUGGAGCCACAGGAGAUGCAACCAGCUACCAGCUCUUUAGCAGCUGGCUCAGAGAGAAAAUGGCUGAAGAGCGAAUUGAGUUAUGUUUCCCAGCUGAUGGUUUGGUUUAUGACUACAAGCUCAACGAUGGUGGAAUAAGUAACUUUGAGGAAGAUGAGGACGAUCCAAACAAGAGCAAAGUGCUGUCUAUUGGCCCAACGGGAACUGGGAAAACCCUAACUAUUUCAGAUAAACUGCUCCGAAACAUGUCAGCAGACUUCAUCACCCAUUUUCUCAUGUUCUCUGCUCGCACUUCAGCAAACCAGACUCAAGAUUACAUUGAUAGCAAACUAGACAAAAGGCGGAAAGAUGUGUUUGGGCCUCCAAAGGGAAAGUAUUUCAUUUUCUUCAUUGAUGACCUAAACAUGCCAAUGUUAGAAACAUAUGGGGCUCAACCGCCUAUUGAGCUUCUCCGCCAGUGGAUUGACUAUGGGGGCUGGUAUGAUAGGAAGCAGAUAGGCACAUUUAGACACCUGGUAGAUAUCAAUCUUGCCUGUGCCAUGGGGCCUCCUGGUGGAGGACGAAAUCCCAUCUCACCACGAUUCUCCCGGCACUUCAAUCUUUUGUCUUUUACUGAAAUAGAUGAUGCCAGCAAGAGGCACAUUUUCACCACUAUCCUAGGCAGCUGGAUGGUUCCAGCCAUCCAGUCUCUGAACGAGGCUCUUGUUGAGGCAACUAUUAAAGUCUACACUACAAUAACAUCUCAGCUUCUUCCAACUCCAGCCAAAUCUCAUUACACGUUUAACCUCAGAGACCUGUCCAAGGUUUUUCAGGGCAUUCUCAUGGCUAAUGCUGGCACUAUUGAGGAGAAACCACAGUUACUCCAGUUGUGGUACCAUGAAAGCUGCCGGGUUUUUCAGGACCGUCUAGUGUGUGCUGAGGACAGAGAGUGGUUCGGUGCACUGCUGAAAGAAUGUGUAGAGAAGUUUGAGUGCAAUUUUGAAGAGGUUUUCACAUGUCAGCCAGUUUUAUUUGGAGACUUCAUGAUUCCUGGAGCUUACCCUAAAGUGUAUGCUCGAAUUGAUGACAAGGAAAAGUUAGUAAAAGUGAUUGAGGAGAACCUGGAAGACUAUAAUUCAAUAAGCAAAAAUAAAAUGAAACUAGUACUUUUCAUGGACGCUAUAGAACAUGUGUGCCGAAUCAGCCGUAUCCUGCGCCAGCCUUUGGGCAAUGCUCUUUUACUGGGUGUAGGUGGCAGUGGUCGCCAGUCCUUGACCAAACUGGCCUCUUUCAUGUCAGACUAUGAAUGUUUUCAGAUUCAGCUGUCCAAAAACUAUGGCCUAUCUGAAUGGAAAGAAGACCUGAAAGGUAUUAUGAUGAAGGCAGGCCUUCAAAACCAGUCAAUCACUUUCCUUUUUGUUGAUACACAGAUAAAAAGUGAAUCAUUCCUGGAAGAUAUCAAUGGCAUCUUAAACUCUGGAGAUGUUCCCAAUCUGUAUGCUUCUGAGGAGGAGGAACAAAUACUUGCUGCAAUGAAGCCAGUACUUCUAGAACUGGGUCAGCAGCCAACUAAGGCCAAUCUCAUGGCUGCAUACCUUAUGAAGGUCCGGAGCAACAUUCAUACAGUUCUGUGCAUGAGUCCUAUUGGGGAGGUGUUCCGUGCACGUCUUAGGCAAUUCCCAUCACUGGUCACUUGUUGCACUAUUGACUGGUUCAGUGCCUGGCCGGAGGAGGCUCUUGAGGCUGUAGCUUCAACAUUUCUUAAUGAGAUUCCCACUUUAGAAGCCAGCGGAGAAACCCUGAAAGGAUUGACUCAGAUGUGUGUGAAGAUCCACCAAACAGUAGCCAAGAAAUGUGACCAAUUCAGGGUUGAACUUUCACGACACAACUAUGUGACACCUAAAAGCUAUUUAGAAUUGCUCCAAGUUUUCUCAAAACUCACAUCACGUAAAAAGAAUGACCUAAUGAAUGCACGGCAGCGCAUGAAAACUGGACUGGACAAGCUACUCAGCACAGCCGAAGAUGUGAGUAAGAUGCAGAUAGAUCUGGAAAAAAUGAGGCCAAGUUUGGAAGAGGCUGCUCGGGAAACUGAGGUCACAAUGGAGACAAUUAAAAAAGACACAGUAAUUGCAGAGGAGACACGCAAAUCGGUUCAGGAAGAAGAAACUAAAGCACAGGCGAAAGCGCAGAAAGCAGAGGCCAUUUCGGCUGAUGCCCAGAGAGACUUGGAUGAAGCUUUACCAGCCCUGGAUGCUGCACUCACAAGCCUUAAGUCCCUCAACAAAAAUGACGUCACAGAGGUUCGAGCAUUGCAGCGACCUCCUCCUGGUGUAAAGCUGGUUAUUGAGGCUGUUUGUAUUAUGAAAGGCAUUAAACCUAAGAAGAUACCUGGAGAGAAACCUGGUACCCAAAUCAAUGACUAUUGGGAAGCAGGAAAAGGUCUGCUGAAAGACCCUGGGAAAUUUUUGGAUGGUCUUUUCCAUUACGAUAAGGACAAUAUUCCAGACUCUGUGAUACAGCUCAUCCAGCCAUACAUGGAUAAUGAGCAAUUUCAACCAGAAGCUAUUGCCAAAGUUUCUAAAGCAUGUACUUCCAUCUGCCAGUGGGCCAGGGCUAUGUAUGUGUAUCAUUUUGUGGCAAAAGCAGUCGAGCCUAAAAGGCAAGCUCUUGAGGAGUCCAGGGAAGACUUGGCUGUGACUCAACGGAUUUUAGAUGACUCCAAAGCAAAGCUGGCUGCUGUUGAGGGUGGAAUUGCUCAUUUACAAGCCAAGUAUGAGGCCUGCGUUGCAAAGAAGAAAAAACUGGAGUAUGAGUAUGAUCUGUGUGAAAAACGGCUUGUUCGUGCAGAUAAACUCAUAGUAGGACUUGCUGAUGAGAAGGUGCGCUGGAAGGAAACAGUGCAAAACUUGGAUUACAUGGUUAAUAAUGUGACAGGAGAUGUGCUUCUGUCGGCUGCGUAUGUAGCGUACUUGGGACCCUUUACAGGGGAGUAUAGGGCGGCUAUGGCUGAGGAAUGGCUCAACUGUUUCAAACAGUUUAAUGUUCCUCACACUACGGAACCCAACUUAAUCAGCACACUUGGAGAUCCAGUCAAAAUUCGCUCAUGGCAGAUUGCAGGAUUGCCUAAGGAUAAUUUGUCGGCAGAGAACGGUGUGAUUACCCAGUGUUCUUUGCGGUGGGCUCUCUUUAUUGAUCCUCAAGGUCAAGCAAAUAAGUGGAUUAAAAACAUGGAACGAGAAAACGGACUUGAGGUUAUGAAGCUUAGUGACAGUGACUUUCUGCGCAGUCUCGAGAAUGCGAUACGUAUUGGCAAACCCGCUCUCCUAGAGAACGUGGGAGAGGAACUGGAUCCUACCUUGGAACCUGUUUUGCAAAAGCAGACCUUUAAGCAGUCAGGCAUCACAAUGCUGAAGCUUGGUGAUUCUGUAAUACCAUAUCAGGAAAACUUCCGAAUGUACAUUACUACAAAGCUCCCAAAUCCACACUACUCACCAGAAGUCUCCACCAAAAUCACACUGAUCAAUUUCACCUUAUCUCCAAGUGGAUUGCAGGACCAGUUGCUUGGCCAAGUUGUUGCUAAAGAGUGUGCAGACUUAGAAGAAGCCAAAAAUCAACUGAUUAUUAGCAAUGCUGAAAUGAAGCAGGAGCUAAAAGAGAUUGAAGAUGAGAUUCUUAUGCUACUCAGCUCAACUGAAGGAAAUCCAGUGGACAAUGAAGAUCUUAUUCAAGUAUUAGGAGCUUCCAAAAUCAAAGCAGGAGAAAUCAAGGCUAAAGUGGUAGCUGCUGAAAAAACGGAACGUGAAAUUGAUGCAACACGUUUGGAAUAUGUUCCUGUGGCAGAGCGGACCCAGAUCCUGUUUUUCUGUGUCUCAGACCUCUCCAGUGUAGAUCCAAUGUAUCAAUAUUCUUUGGAGUGGUUCCUUGGCAUCUUUGUAUCGGCCAUUGCAAACUCUAUGAAAGCAGAAACAGUAAAGCAAAGAAUUGUCAAUAUAAAUGAAUAUUUCACAUUCAGCUUGUACAACAAUGUGUGUCGCAGUUUGUUUGAGAAGCACAAGCUUAUGUUUUCCUUCCUCUUGUGUGCACAAAUCCUGAUGAAUAAGAAACACAUUGAUUUGACUGAAUGGCGUUUUCUGUUAUCUGGAGGUAUGCCAACAAAAGAGCUUCCAAACCCUGCAGUGAGUUGGUUGUCAGAGCGAACCUGGCAGGACAUCUUGGGCCUGAGUAACCUACAGAACUUCAGCAAUUUAGCAGCGAGUUUCCCGCAGCACCUGAAAGGAUUUAAAAUCAUAUUUGACAGCAACCAACCGCACAGGGAGCCUUUGCCAGGAGUGUGGAACACAAGCCUGAACUCAUUUCAAAAGCUUUUGGUGUUACGCUGUUUGAGGGCUGAUUGUCUCAUUCAGGGAUUACAGGACUUUGUGGCUGAUAAACUGGGGCAGCAAUUUAUAGAACCCCAGACAUCAGAUUUAUCUGAAGUUUUCAAAGAGUCGUCCCACAUCACUCCUCUUAUAUUUGUAUUGUCCCCUGGCACUGACCCUGCAGCAGACCUGUACAAGUUUGCUGAUGUCAUGCAAUUCUCCAAGAAGAUGAGUGCCAUCUCCCUCGGCCAAGGCCAGGGCCCCUGGGCUGAGACAAUGAUGCAUGCUGCUAUGUUAAAAGGGCAUUGGGUCUUCUUCCAAAACUGCCAUCUGGCCCCAAGCUGGAUGCCCUCACUAGAAAGACUGAUUGAACAUGUCGACCCUGGAAAGGUUCACAAGGACUUCCGUUUGUGGCUCACCAGUCUUCCCAGCAACAAGUUUCCUGUCUCUAUUCUCCAAAAUAGUUCUAAGAUGACCAUUGAGCCCCCAAGAGGAAUCAAAGCCAACCUUCAGAGAACUUACCUCAAGCUUACAAAUGACUUCAUCAACUCUUCUACAAAGAUGCAUCACUUCAAGCCUUUGCUCCUCUCGCUGUCUUUGUUUCAUGGGAUUGCAUUGGAGAGAAGAAAGUUUGGUUCUUUAGGAUUCAAUAUUCCCUAUGAGUUCACAGAUGGAGAUUUGAACAUUUGCAUUAGCCAACUGAAAAUGUUUCUGGAUGAGUAUCAGAAUGUUCCUUACAAGGUGUUGAAAUACACGGCUGGGGAGAUAAAUUAUGGCGGCAGGGUGACGGACGACUGGGACCGGCGCUGUCUGCUCAGUAUUCUGGAGGAUUUCUAUUGUCCUGCUGUCCUUGAGACUGAGCAUGUCUACUCUCCUUCUGGAGUUUAUCGACAGAUUGACACAAAUCUAGAUGUGAAGGGCUACUUGUCAUACAUCAGUGGAUUGCCUAUCAAUGACACUCCAGAGAUCUUUGGUCUCCAUGACAACGCUAACAUCAGCUUUGCCCAAAAUGAAACUUUUACCCUGCUGGGGACUGUUGUUCGCCUCCAGCCUCGAUCUUCGUCUGCAGGCGGGAAAACACUUGAAGAGAUUGUAGAAGACAUUGUUACUGGCAUUAUGGAAAAGAUCCCUCCAGCGUUCAGUGUAAAAGAGGUGAUGGCCAAGUACCCUGUUCUAUACGAGGAGUCCAUGAACACUGUGCUCAUCCAGGAGGUCAUUAGGUACAACAAGCUGUUGGCGGUCAUCUCAAGAAGCCUCAGAGAUAUAAAAAAGGCGCUCAAAGGUUUGGUGGUGAUGUCCUCAGAACUGGAGCGUAUGGCCAACAGCCUCUUCAUUAACAUGGUACCCGAAAUGUGGAAGGCCAAGGCUUACCCGUCACUAAAACCUCUGGCCUCAUGGGUGUCAGACCUGCUUCAAAGGACCAGUUUCCUGCAGCAGUGGAUCUCCAAUGGCAUUCCCCCUGUCUUUUGGAUUAGUGGAUUCUUCUUUCCCCAAGCCUUUCUCACUGGAACCCUUCAGAAUUAUGCCCGGCGAUCAAGCACAUCCAUUGACACAAUUGAUUUUGAUUUUGAGGUAAUAACUACAUCUGUGUCAGAGAUAAAAGAGAAGCGAGACACAGGCUGUUAUAUUCAUGGACUAUUCCUGGAAGGGGCUCGUUGGGAUCAUGAGGAAGGCCGGCUGGCACAGUCCAGGCCCAAAGAGCUCUACACAGAAAUGGCUGUCCUUGGGCUUAUUCCAACAGCCAAUCGGAAUGCCCCGACCUCAAACAUCUACGUGUGCCCUAUCUACAAGACCCUCACUCGUGCUGGAACUUUAUCGACAACGGGACAUUCCACUAACUAUGUGAUGGCUGUUGAGCUGCCUACUGACCAGACUCAAAGGCACUGGAUCAAAAAAGGGGUGGCCCUCGUCUGCGCGUUAGAUUACUGA